GCCCCAGACCGGUCAGGCUACCUCACGCCUGCAUCUGCACACGGGCUCGCUCCGGACUGUGGGGACCCAGGACCCGCCGUACCUGAUCCUGAGAGCGGCGGCUGCGGCGGCUGUUGCUAAGGGAGGGGACGCGCAGGGUAGCGCGACCCGAGAGGCAGUGGCACCGAGCGUGUCGUACCAGGGCACCCCCUUCUCGGGACCCUCCCCGCGUCGCCUGCGGGCUGUGAAGGAGCCUCGAGAUCAGACCCCACCCCAGAGCAAGCCCCGAGGAGCCGACGCGACCCCGGAGGACCCGUGGGAUUCUUUUAUUUGCGAUUAGCCUUCCACCACUAGGACCUUCUCCAGGGGCCCGCAGGCUGCCCCCAUCUCCAAGCGCCUAGAAGGAGGACCCCAGUUUGGGGGAGUCCCGGCCUCAGAAGGCGCGGCAAGAAUUGGUGGCGCCCCGCGGACCCCAGCCCCCCAGCGCGUGCCGGGGAUGGAGCCGCAGCCCGGCGGGGCCCGGAGCUGCAGGCGCGGGGCCCCGGGCGGCGCCUGCGAACUGGGCCCAGCGGCCGAGACGGCGCCCAUAAGCCUAGCCAUCCACAGCACCACCGGGACCCGCUACGACCUGUCGGUGCCGCCCGACGAGACGGUGGAGGGGCUGCGCAAGCGGCUGUCCCAGCGCCUCAAAGUGCCCAAGGAGCGCCUGGCGCUGCUCCACAAAGACACCCGGCUCAGUUCGGGGAAGCUGCUGGAGUUCGGCGUGGGGGAUGGCAGUAAGCUGACGUUGGUGCCCACCGUGGAAGCGGGCCUCAUGUCCCAGGCCUCAAGGCCGGAGCAGUCUGUCAUGCAAGCCCUUGAGAGUUUGACAGAGACCCAGCCCCCAGCGGCGCCGGGGCCAGGCCGGGCUGGCGGAGAAGGCUUCCGGAAAUACAGAUUCAUUUUAUUUAAGCAUCCGUGGCACCGACAGGGACCCCAGAGCCCAGAGAGGGGCGGCGAGAGGCCCCAGGUCAGUGACUUCUUGUCUGGCCGCUCACCGUUGACCCUGGCUCUGCGGGUCGGGGACCACAUGAUGUUCGUGCAGCUGCAGCUUGCAGCCCAGCACGCCCCACUACAGCACCGCCAUGUACUGGCUGCUGCAGCUGCUGCGGCCACUGCCACCCGAGGAGACUCCAGCAUAGCCACUCCCAUGUCCUCACCCUGCCGGCCAGUGUCCAGUGCUGCCCGCAUCCCCCCAGUGCCCGCCAGCCCUUCUCCCACAUCUGCCUCACCUGUCACAGCUGGCUCCUUCCGAUCCCACGCAGCCUCCACCACCUGCCCUGAGGUGGAUUGCUCCCCCCCUGCCAGCAGCAGCGUCAGCCCCGGAGCCAGCACCCCUUCUACCCCUGGGAACAGCCCUAGUCCCCGCUCCCGAAAACCCGGCGCUGUCAUCGAGAGCUUCGUAAACCAUGCCCCAGGGGUCUUCUCAGGGACCUUCUCUGGCACGCUGCACCCAAACUGUCAGGACAGUAGCGGGCGGCCACGCCGAGACAUUGGCACGAUCCUCCAGAUCCUCAAUGACCUCCUGAGCGCCACGAGGCACUACCAGGGCAUGCCCCCCUCUCUGACCCAGCUCCGCUGCCACGCCCAGUGCUCACCCGCCUCACCAGCCCCCGACUUCACCCCCAAAACUACCUCCUGCGAGAAGCUAGCGGCCGCACCCCCGGCCUCCCUGCUGCAAGGCCAGAGCCAGAUACGCAUGUGCAAGCCCCCUGGGGACCGGCUGCGUCAGACCGAGAACAGGGCCACGCGCUGCAAGGUGGAGCGACUUCAGCUCUUACUGCAGCAGAAGCGCCUGCGCAGGAAGGCCCGGCGGGACGCCCGAGGCCCCUACCACUGGCCACCCAGCCGCAAGGCUGGCCGCAGCGACAGCAGUAGCAGCGGGGGAGGCAGCAGCCCCAGUGAGGCCUCCGGCCUGGGCCUUGACUUCGAGGACUCAGUUUGGAAGCCAGAAGUGAACCCUGACCUCCAGUCUGAGUUCGUGGUGGCUUAGGAUCCGGCACACUCGCCCUUGCUGAAGCUUCAGGGUGGACAUGCACCGAGCUGGGUUGCCACUGCCACCCAGACAUCGCACACGGCCCGGUGCCACGGCCCAGCUCUGGAGGGGAGGUGGUCACCUCCCUCCUGACCCACCCACCAGCCUUUUUCUUUUUAAAAUUUUUAUCGUGGUGGUACCUCCUGCGUCCCCCUCCCACCCCUUCGUCUCUGCCAGCGAUGCUAGGUCCUUCCCUCCCACCUUCCCCAGCUCCAAUAUGUAGCAGGCUGUCCAGAUGGCAGGCAGGAGGAGGAAGGAGGCCAGGAAGCCGCCCCUGCCCCUCUUCCGCUCUGCCCUCGCCCCUCCCGCCCUCUGCCUCCCCCCUCCCAUUCAGGUUUUAAGUCAAAAAUGUAGAUGCCUCAUUAUGCACUUUACAGAUGAGGGGAGGGGGCUUCGGAGAGAAAACUCCAUCCCACCCUCCUACUGCAGGCUCUGGCCUCCACCCCGGGCCAGCAGGACCCGAAUGUCACCGGGAGUGAAGCCACAGGAGGGGACUGUUUUCCACAUCUGUCCUUUUCUUGGUCUCUCUUUUUUUUAUUCCUUGUGAAGCCCUGUUCAGCAGUCUGGCCCAGGGCUUGGGGAGGGGGGCUGCCUUGGGCACAGGCAAGGGGCCUGGGGACCUUUUCCUGCCAAAAAUGGAAACAGGGACCAGCCCGCGCCCAACCUCUCCAGUCAGCCGGCCACAACUGUGCCCUUUUUCUCCACUCCCUCUGCCCCUUGCACCCCAUUUCCCUGACCUCUUCCCUGAGUUUGGGGACUAUUUAUAGACUUAACUUUCUGACUGAGCCAAUAUUGGUUGGGAAUGGCUUGAAAACCAGGGAGAGAAAUGGUAGGGGCCUGGGGAGUUGCCCCCCCCCACCCCUUCCUCCUUCCAGCCCAGCCUGAGGGAUAUGGGGUGUGGACUGUCUGGGGAUUCUCCAGAGCCAGAUGGGGAGGGGGGUGCUGAGCUGUGAACGCCCCAAGGGGCUGCUGUGUAGCAUUAAGCCCCCCUGGGGGUCCGCUGCUGGUCUUAUUUAGGACCCUCCCCACUCAGUGCCCAAGCCCCGGGGGAUCUUGGGCCCCAGGGACAGAGGGAGAGAUCCCCUUACUGGGGCCUUUUCAGUGGGGGUGGAGUUCAUUUUUUUUCCUCCAUUCACUUUUUUUUGGUGCUGGGGAUCAAACUCGGAACCUUGCGCGGCAGGCGCCAGAACCACUGAGCUAAAUCUCCGGCCACCCUUUUUUUUUUGAUGGGAAGUUCGGGCCUCGCCCACCCCCACCUGUCAGUCUUACCCGGCCCCACCUGUGGCCCUCUCUCCCUUUGUUCUUGUAGGUGAGCCCCAAGUCCUUCCUGCCCUCGUCCUGUGUUUAAAGUUAAAUGGUUUCAGAAGUGAACAUCAUGUGUUAACUGUAGUUGUAAAAUUUUUUGUGGAGGGUGGGAGGGUAGGGAGGGUCCCAGAUGGUAGAGGUCAAGGAUUUGGUUUUUUUAUUUUUUGUUUUUUUGGGUUUUUUUCCAAAAAAAAAAAAAAAAAAGAAAAAAAGGGGGGUGCAUUUGUUUUUUGAAGAACCGUCUUGUAUACCUAUUUAAAUGUGUGUUCUGUUCUGUUUUUUAACGAUUUUUAAAUAAUGCCUGUGCCUCCGCGGUUCUGAGGGUGGAGACCCCAAACAGAACCGGCCAGAAGUUCUCUACCCUCCCUCUCAGGGACCCCCAAGAAAGCAUUACACACUGCCCUCCCGGGUCGGGCUGUGGGGGUCCUGGCACCGCGCGAGUAUGCUGUAUGAAAAUUGAAAAAAAAAAAAAAAGCCCUACACACAUCUUGAUUUCCAGUAAUAAACAAAAUAAAACACAA